AUGCUCGGGAAACUCGGCCCCAGGAGGCAGCUCUCCUAUUCGUUUUUCCAGCAGUCUGGCGUCGAAUUUUGCUGCUUCGUAGUCUUGCAGGACUUUGGCUUGUUGAAUGACAAUGCGUUGCAGCCGCUGCAGCUGGUGCUGCGCCAGCGUCACUUUCUGGGCUUCCACUUCGCUCAAAGCAGCAGCCUCGGAGGCGCUGAGCGACAGUCGGUGCACCUGCUUGUACACUUGGGUGAUCAACUCGUUUUCCACUGGGUAACAAAGUUCUUCUGCGUAGUAACCUUCAACAACUCCCCCGUUUUCGCCAGAGUCUUCUUCUUCGUGAUCCUCCGGAUCAUCUGCAUCCUCUGCUGCCAACGAGCGAGCUGUUGUGAAGCGCAAUUCGGAUUUCGAGUCGCUGCGCUGGCGACGCGGCAGAAACCUGCUGCAGCGCAGCACCACGUACACGACGGUGGCGAGAGCGAUCAGGGCAGCGCUCAGGGAGAAAGCUGCCGCUCUUUGGUGAAUCUGACGGGGAGAACCCCAAUAAAAAUGCAUUUGGUCAAAAGGUAA